AUGGAACCGAGUUACGAGGAAGAACACUCCAACCCCUUCGAGCUCGAGCGGCCCGACUACCUGCACAGCCCAGCCAAGGCCAAGCCUGUCCAGUCCCUGCUGGUCUCGCCGGACUUCCACCGGAUGAGCGAAAAUGCCCAGCGGAUUUAUCUCAUGAUGGUGUGUUACAAGGGCAAUCCCUAUCUGAACUCGGAUGGCAGCCCCAGCCUGUCCUCCUCCGGUUCCUCGGGCAAUAUGACUUCCAGUGACUCCCGUUCGAGUGGUGAACGAAGCCGCUCUGUCGAGUGCUGGCACUUCCCGAUGGACGGUGUCCACGAGGAACUCCUCCCACAGAAGUUGAGCAUUCCGAUCAAGAAGGGGCAUCAGCGUCACCCGGCUCUUGAGAAUGAAGUCUGUAACCCGGUCCGCAGCCGUGUUGCUUCGUUAGACUUCAGUCAUUCUUUCCGCAAGCAGGCUUCUCCUAGCCUUGUUCUGGAGACUAUCAACGAGGUUGGUGCGGCGGACAAGGUGGACAAGAUUACAGGCGUGCUGCGCGUUCCCGAGACUACUCACAAGAAACUGUUCGGUGAGAAGGGCUGGCUGGAAGACACCGGAAAGCCAAAGGGACUGCGUUCCAUGAAGAGCACUUCCAAACGGCUGAAGAGUCUGGGAAACAAGAUCAAGCAGCAGAUCGGCGAACUGGCGGACGAUGUCUCGCGCAACCACCCGGGAUCUUUCAACAGCAUCUCCACGCCCGACAAGACCAUCAUCCGAAAGACCACUGUCCCCAUCUCUCUCGACCUCGGCACCCAGGCCAAGCUGUACUCCGAGCUCGAGUACAUGAUCUGCGCGACGGCCAACGCCUUCCUCCUCGAGCAGUACUACGACAGUCGCAUCUCCAAGGAAUCCAUCAAACGCAUCCAGAGCUUCUGGGGCUCGAAGAAUCGUCCCCAGGUGACGGAAUUCCACUUCGACCAGACCACCCAGCGCGAGUUCAUCCUGUACAACAUCCGCACCCUUCGGUUCUACGGUGAGUGUGCUGUCAACCCCGUCCUGCUGCAUUCGAAUCUGCGCAACUGGAAGGCGAUUGCCACGGAGAUGAGUGUCCGGACUUUUUGCUUGCCGGACAGUGCCAUUCGGAAGCACCUGCAUGAUAUCCAGAAGCUGCUUGAGAUGCUGAAUGCGCCCGUGCCGACUCUGCAGGCGUUUCAUCAGAUUCAGCUGUUUGCUCAUGAGGAGAUCAUUCAGCGACUGAAGAAGGCUCCUCCCCGGAAUGCGGUCAGUUUUUCGCUGUGA